AUGCGUGACGAGAGUGAGCAACCUAUGUCUCCCGAUUUUGGGUCCAGUCGGCACAACCCAUAUUCACAGGGGUUUACAACAAUCGAACAAAUUGACUUGAUUGAUAAAGCUGCGUCUCUCAGUGAUGUUACGAAAAUCAUGAAUCCCGAAUAUCAUGAUGUCGAAGAGUACAGGUUUAAUUUUUCAAAACUGAAAAGCCAAGGAACAAUCGUGUGGACACAUUCGAUUUCGAAAGCAUUAAUCGACGGCAGUACUGGAAUUAUCGCUGGAAUGCUCUCAAUAAGCACCGCUGCAAUGAGCCUUGAGGACGCUUGCUUUGCUGAAUUAGCCAAGCACGAAGCUACUUGGGACAACCUGUCAUUGCUUCUUGAAAAUGACAAGAAGGGCAUUGCAAGAUUAAGCUUGAAUACAGAUGAAAAUAAUACCCCGAAAGCACAGAAUUAG